GCCGGUUUUAAUUUGGUACUACUUAAACACGCAGUAAAUUAAAUAAAACAGUAAAACACCUUAUUGCAUUAUAUUGCUACCAUAUAUAUCAUCUCAAGAUUAGAUUACUUACAGAAACAUAUCAGUAAUUCAGUAUUAGUGUUACUGUUAUUAGAACCUAAUUAAGCACUGUUGCUCUAUAUAGGUAGAUUAACCAUGAAAACUACUACCUCUCCUGCCCUGAUAAUUAUCUUCCUCUUUUCAGCACUACAACUCCCUGCAGUUCUCAACUCAAUCAGGCCGCCGCCUUGCACCGCCCCCACCCCCGCCGCCAGAUCAUUCAUCAAUGAAAGCUGUUAUUCAGCACAGAACCUGGACUCAAAUGCAUGCUACCAAUGGCUUUCCUCCCACGUCGUUGAAACGGAGCAGCCGAGGGUCAACAAGCUGGUCAAGGCGGCCAUAAAUCUCACCAUGGAAGAAAUCACAUCAUCCGUAAUCCCGAAAAUUAACACAUUGUAUGAAAAGAAAGGCAAGGCCCUUGUGAAUAAAGAUAAAAGUAUAGCGCGCACUUGCUUGGAGAUGAUGGACGACUCCAGAGGCGGAAUGAAGGACACGCUGGAUCAGAUGUAUAAUCUCAAGCCAAAUGAUUUGCUGUUUCAGAUUAGCAACCUGCAGACGUGGAUGAGCGCCGCGCUUACGAAUGUAGACACAUGUUUGGAUGACGAUGAAACCCCUUCUGUGUCGGAUAAUGACCUAAGGUCCUUGCUGAUGAAUUCAGUCGGGAACGUUCAAAAGCAUACCGUCAUCGCCCUCUCUUUGAUCAACUACUUUGCCUCCAAGUGUUACUCAGACCUAGCCCCGGCCCCAGCCCCGGCCGCCACACAUUGAUCGAGGGCCGUGUUCACAAUAAAAAUGGAGGCCCCGCCAUAUGAUACAAAACAUAAUGGCUCUACAUUGUCCCAAAUCAAGUAAAAAGUAAGAAUAGUUUUGAUAUUUUCCAUGGAAAAAUUAUUUUUUAUGGAAAUAGUAUGUUUAUUUUGGGACUCUCAAAAAAGAAAGUGGGAAGUUGUUUUGGAGAUGGAGGUAGUAUUACAUAUCACUAUGUAUAUCUGUUACUUUAUGUU